ACUUGGGCUGUGAUUGGAGGACAGAAACAAGUAACUGGUUUUUAAACCCUGGAACCCGGGCUGUAGAGGCUGCACUUCUCCGUGCGGCCUGCUGGCGGCGGCACGCCCCCGUUGUAUUGCAGCGAAUGGAGCCGUAGAAGAAGAGUCGGACCGGAACUUAAACAGAGGGGGGGGAGCAACGCGCGACGGCGGACGACUUUUAAAUCUGUGGAAACUGAACAAAAGCAAGAAGAAGGACAAACAGCGGAAGGCUCAUGGACACACUCACCUUACCACUGGUUACAGGAUGGAGCACUGUGACUGGAGAGAGGGGCCACUGACUGCACGUCCUCCAGAUCUCCAGUCAGGAUGUUCGACUCCUCUGAUGAAGAUGACCAGAGGAAGGCUGAGCCUACCAGCAGGAUGUGGGAGGAGCCUCAGCCUGGCCCAUCCAGGUGUCAGCCCAGCAGACAGGGUUACUGUGGUUACUGCAGAGUCCUGUACAAGAACCUGGACCAGCACCUGUCCAGUCUCAGACACCUGGAUUCAGUCCGGGCGUCCUCCAGAGGCUCAGGGUCCACCUCCUCAGCAAGUGGCAGAAACAGACUGACGCUACUGGAGCGCUUCCUCCAGGACGUUCUGCAGCACCACCCACAUCGCUACGAUGACCCCAGGCCGUCUCACACUGACCUCCCAUCAGUUUCCACCCCCCCAUUGCCAAAAGCGGAGCUCGAUGAAGUCCGUUUGUCCGACGACAGCCGGUCUCAAGGUACCCGGGAACGCAUGCCCAGCUCUGAUGACGCUUCCUGUCAGCCAGCCCGUCCGAUGGAAGAAGAUGAUGCCCGCAGCCAGUCAGGCGACAGAGUGGGCCAGGAGAGGCUGUCUGUACCUAUAAGAGAGCAGGACGAAGGCAUCAUUGGUCACACCCACUCUCCUUACCGCAGAGCGCCGGCCUCUCAGUUGGAGACUCCGCCCCCUGUCCAUAGGAAAGCCCAUAGGAAGACGAACAGGAGGAAAACCAGUGAGUCCUCGUCCUCCUCGCAGCGCCCUGGAGGUCCAGGCCAUGGCCCCCGACCCCACCUGACCCCCACAGACCACAGGCCUGGUCCAGGUGAGAGGCCCUGGCUCACCUGGCAGAGGGAGAGGAGGGAGGCCCACAGAGAGGAUGCAUUCUCCUCAGGCCACACGGACCCUCUGGACCAGACCAUCGAGGAGGUGAUUCAAAGGUGCUGUUAUGGCGCCAUUUCCUGCCAAGAUGAUACAGACAGCUUCCAGCUAAGCCUCCCUGUUUCCAUGGAAACACAGAGUGAAGACUGGGACUCGCCUGUGCAGGUGGUUUUGCAACGAGCGCGAACUCUCAGUGACACACCUGCGCAGGUGAGUCAGGCGGAGGGGCGGGACCUCUGCCAUCUGAUGGAUGCGCAGGUGGACGUGGAAGAUAGAGUGUACUCACAGCAGCUGCACUUUGCCCUCCACGGGCCGGGUGACAGGAUGGAGGAGGGGUUCUGGACCUUACCCAUCGAGGAGGUGAGGCCCGCCCCGGAGCGUAUCCCAGAAUCCUUCAGGGGGAAGACCUGGACCCAGAUCCAGCAGGAGGACGAGGAGAAGGUGGAGAGGCUGGUGAGACAGUUCAGGCGCGGGCGCUUCAUCUGCUACUUCGACACAGAGUCCCUCGCCAGGUAUGGUAGGCGGAGCCAGAAAAUGAAGGGGGAUGCUGAACCCGAGGAGGUGGAGCCAGAUGCAGGUAUGCUACCCCUGCUGGACCCAGACGAGGGGGACUAUGUGUAUAUGAGGAGAAGGAGAGGAAGGAGGCGGAGCUUCAGACUGGCAUCAAGGUGUCAGGUGGUGAAGGUCAGUCACAGCACUCAGACAGUCCGACUGGUCGUUCCCGCCGUGCAUCAGCUAUCCCCUGAGGCCCCACCCAUCGACUACCCACAAGCCAAUCCAGAGGCAGCUGAGAGGACACCUGUGCCGACGUGGCGUUCUCUCCCUUCGUCGUACUCCAGCAUCAUCACACCUGUACAGCCACGCACUUCGCUGGUCUACCUACUCUCCUCCCCAUCAGCCUCCGCCCCCACCCGCGUGUCUGCGUUAGGCUCCACCCACAAACGCUGCAGAAAGAAACGGCGCCCGCUGGAGCAGCAGGGGUUAAAGGUCAAAUACAAACGACUUCCUGUCAGGUUCUACGACCCCGCCUCCAACCGUAUCCUCAAGAACCCACCCAGAGGCGUCCUGUGGCGCAGAGGCUCCACCCCCUCUGGGCCGCCGCCGCCCUGUGUUCGUCAGCUGUUCAGGAGUCUGAGCCCAGACCUGAACACCGAUAGAACGCCCACAGAGGUCAAAGGUCACAGCAGCAGCCUUUUGCUAAGCACGCUAAGCAGGGACUCUGCUCAGUCCGACACAUCUCAGGCUCCGCCCCUCGACAGGCUGUCAGAGAGCAGAAGAGGGGCUAGGAGGGAGAGGGCACUCCCCCCACCCUCCCAGAUACAAACCAGGGGUCAGGCCACACCCCUUCACCCAAGGAGGGAGGGGCUGCGCCGGGCUGGACCCGGCAGGAAACCCCUAAUCUCUGCAGGUCCUGCCCCCUUACUGUCAUCACGCCGGAGGAGGGGCCGCAGGUCGCGGAGAUAG